CCCCAUUUCCUCUGCUCCCUCCCUGCCCCCCAGCAGCCUGGCCCACCCCACGGUGACACUGGGCCAGGGGACCCCAGGUGACAGCGCCCCCCAGAGGCACCCCGGGGCUGCGGCAGGAGAUCCCGGCCGGCAGGGGGCGCCGGGGCGCCGGGGGGUCGAGAUGGUCGUGCUGGUGGAACGGGUGGAGCAAAGAGGCCGGCCGGCUGAGCACCAGGGGGCCGGGGGGGCCCAGGCCAUGGGCCUUUUCCUCGCGGCCUCCGGCCUCCUGCUCUGCCUCUUCUCCGGGAUCUACUGCGCCUACCGCCGGGGGGCCCGGGGGUCACCCUUCGCGCACCGGCGCCUGCAGGAUGGGUCCCUCGAAGACCUCGCUCUGCACCUGGACAGCCCCAAGGGGUCCUACGACUGGUUCCUUUACGAGACGGACGAGAACAAGUUCCCAGCCCCCCCGCAGCCAGCCCAGGCCCCGCCCUGGCCCUGCCCCCCACCGCAGCCCCCCCACCCUGCCUCACAGACACCCCCUGGGCACAAGACCCCAGGGCCCACGGGCUCCGAGCAGCCCAAGCCGAGCCCCCCACAGCUGGUGUGUCUGUCCCCGGCUAAUCUUCCCGGGGGGAACUACCUUUGA